AUGAGAAGCACUAUUAUCACAUGGCUUCUCGCCGUAUUCCCUAUCGCCACAGCCCUUCCGAAUUCCACCGUUGAAGUCGACCUCCUCUUUCCCCGCGAAAACGCGACUUACACCCUCAAUUCCACGGGCAUCCCCGUCUUGCUGUCCAUCCAUAACCCCUCCACAGCUAACGCUUACGGCUGGACGUUCUACUGGGAAAUAUUUAAACAGCCGCAUCCCGACCUGGAUUGGCGUCUCCCCGUGAACAGUAUCUCCGCGCAGUUUGGGAACACAACUCGCUGGCCGGACAACCCGCAUCUGAUCACCGCCACGACAGGUCCCCUCGAGGCGGGGACGCACACCUUCCACUGGAACCUCCAAGGCGGCCCUUGGUGCAAGUUCGAACCAGGUGCUGGAAAUUCAUUCAGCAGUGUGCUGCAUGUCGGCGGCGGGACGUUCGAGUUUGUGGUCGCGGACGGCACGGCGGCAGCACCUGUACUUGCUGGUGUUUGCGGCGAGCCGGCAGGAAUGAUGAACUAUGCCUCCGCGACUACAUUCGCGAAUGAAUUGAUACCGGGGAUGGGGGAUCGAACAAUGACGUGCGGCGUUACAAUGAGGGUCACUGCGACGGCGGAAAGUUGCAAAGCUACACUUGACCACGGACAGGCGAAGAGCGUGUCAAGUUUGAUGGGGUGGGGGGAGUUUGCGACUUCGUCGGCGACGACAUCGCCCACGGCCACUGGUGGUACUGACUCAAGCGAGGCGCGUGUUGUCUCGGUGCCAGUCCGGUCAUUGAGUCUGAUGAUGGCUUAUAUGCUUGUGCAUAUUGUCUGA